ACCAAUUGAAGAUACUGUUAAAGCAAUGGCUGAACUUGUUAAAAAGGGUAAAGUUAAAUAUCUUGGACUUUCUGAAUGUUCUGCCAAUACGCUUCGACGUGCUUAUAAAAUACAUCCAAUCGCUGCUGUUCAGAUGGAAUAUAGUCCAUGGUCUCUUGACAUUGAAACAAAUGGACUUAAAGAAACUUGUGAAGAACUUGGCGUUACAAUUGUCGCGUAUAGCCCAUUAGGACGUGAGGACUUUGCCUCUAACGACGUUCGUAGAAUAAAUCCUCGUUAUAUGGGAGAAAAUUUUGCAAAAAAUUUAGAUCUCGUAAAAGAAAUUGAAAAAUUGGCCGAGAAGAAAGGAGUUACUGCCAGUCAACUUUGUUUGGCUUGGGUUUUAGCUCAGGAAAAUGCUCAGGCCGCUAAUAUUAAUUUAAGCUCUGAAGAGUUAGCUGAAAUUCGAAACAUUAUCAAUUCAAUUGAAGUUAUCGGACAUCGAUAUAAUGAACGUGGAACAAAG